AUGUCACCCCAGCGACAGCUGUAUGUGCUUCCUUCUUCAAGAAAAUAUGUAAGUUCUUUCUUCCUUCAGCUUGUGCUUCUCUGCGCUCUCUUUCCAGCAAUAUGUUUUUUUUCUCUCUCUCUUCACACUUUCUUCCCACUAUUUUUGGAGCGGUUCCCGUUUUCCGACGGGCCCCGGCCGGAGGCGACCGUGCUCUCCGGUUUCCAGGCGAGUUCGCAGGCUUGUGUUGAGGCAAGGCCGCAGGGGUCUGCCCCAGGUCCCUCAAACACUCCUCCUGUUGCACCAGGACCCUAUGGCAGCAACCGGAAAUUGCAGCAGACCCAGGCACAAGUAGAUGAGGUUGUGGAUAUCAUGAGAGUGAAUGUAGACCGAGUCCUUGAACGAGAUCAGAAACUUACAGAACUGGAUGACCGAGCUGAUGCGCUUCAAGCAGGAGCGUCACAGUUUGAGACCAGUGCAGCAAAACUAAAACGCAAAUAUUGGUGGAAGAACUGUAAGAUGUGGGCAAUAUUAAUAGCUGUCAUCUUGAUCAUCAUAAUCAUCAUAAUUGUUUGGCAGACCUCCUCAUAAGACCAACCACAUUCUUGCCUGUUGAAAAUUGGAGGUGGACUUCAAGAUUUUGACCCAACAUCUACUGUUUUUAAAAAUUCAUUUCUCUGCUUUAACAUUAUUAAAAAUGGGAGGAAAUUGAGUAUGAUCAGGAGUUUAGAAUGUUGUAGAUUAUGUAUUGAUCUUUGUCACCUGAUCUUCAUCCAUCACGUACUAAACUUGAGUGGCAGUUUCUCUUUUAAUUGGUAUUAGCACCAUCUUUAACUCAGUGGGACCAAAUUCCUUCAGGCAACUUUAAGUCCUAAUGUUUUGAUCCUUUUGUGCCUUUUUUGCUAGCCUGAAUAAGGAAGUUGCCACAAAAUUCAAUUCCUGAUCAUGGUCAAGCUUCAAUGGAGUUGUCUCACUGAGCGAGCAUGGUUUUUUCCCACUUUCCAGUAAUGCUCAUUUUAAAGUGCACUAAUUUUUGACAGUUUGAAACCCAUCCAGUUGACGGUUUUUAGAUGAAGCCAGGUUGUGGUCUGCAAUUUUUGAAUUGGCUUCUACUUGUUUUGGCCAAAGAUUGAGUAAUAUAUCAUGAGUGCCACAUGGAAGUAUGGUUUCCCUGUACAUCAAACCUUGAAUAUUCUGGACAAGGGGUGCAAACAAUUACUUCAGUCUGGUUGCACAGAUUAGACAGCUAGUCACCAACAAUAGUAUUGCCUGUUGCAUCCGUGGGUUAUAAUAGAACCUGAGGAUUCUUCACUAAUAAGGUGUUCCUUCAUGUAGAUAUUUUAAAUAUCUUCAUUCAGUUGAAGCAUAAGUAUGUUCUGAAAAUGAAGAUCUUUGCCCUAUUCUAGUUUUGUUUGAUAUUUGAGCUUUGGUUUAUAACUUGCCUUUUCCAGAGGAGGUUCUUUUCCAGAGGUUACAUGAACUAGUUGCCAACCUCUACCCCUCAUUUCAAGUGGAGACUUAUUUGGAUUCCAUCUCUGUACCUGUUCCUUGAACAAAGGAAAUUGGAAGGCUGUGGUCAAAUGAUCUGUUAUAGUAAUUAAUGAUAGGUGUGGUCUACUAAAAAUCCAUCCUUAUGAGCUCAACAGAAGUACAAAGACUCCUCCUUAACUUAAAUUUGCAACACUAGAUUUGAGCAAUGAUGUGUUUUUUUUUACUUAAUGUGCUAGUUGCCUUAUCACUUCCAAAAACAAAAAAGCCAAGAAUUUUUGACUGUCUUGUGCCUUAUCUGUUUGUCCUAGAUUGAACCUGAAAUGUAAGUUGAGGUUUAUCUGGAUCUCCACUGGAAAUUUGUGACCUGCUCACCUGAAAUAGACUUUCAUGAACCAUGUAUAAAGCUUGAUGUGUGACAAGAUGGUGUUUUUUUUGUAAAGGACACUUCUGAGCAGGAGGAGGAAAAACCUACAAUAUGCAAUUACUGCAGUAGUAACUUUGGCCCUCAGCUUGCUAAAUACCUUAUUCACAAUAAGCCCUAAAUUAGUAAUUGAAUUGUUGUUGACCUAAGUUCAUGAAUCAAUAUUCUUUCUGCACAAUGUUUCAAAAAAAAUCCUUGUCAACAUCUGUACAGUUCUUGAAUUGUGAACACAUGCCCAUUCCUAAUGGCUAUACCAAGCAGCAAGUAAGCUGCUCUUAUUUGGUCUAGUGUACCAGAUGGGCUGGCUUCCCUGUACUCUCCUAGUGGUGGUCUUGGAUGAAUGUUUAAGAUUGUCUAGCACUUGCCUUUGUAUUGCACUGUAGGAAAACUGAACAAUAAAUUGGUGAUGGGUAUUUUGAAAAGACCACUGCAGUUGGUCUGUUCUGAUGAUUUGAAUGUCAAUUUUAUACUCCUGAUGCUCAUUCGCUUUGCCUUUCCAUGUAAAAGGGAAAAACAAAACCAAUAAUUUGCCUCUACCUACCCUCCUGCUAAAUUGCAGAAUUAACCUGAAGUAUGGAUGAAUUUGUUAGAUGGGCAUUGGGUCUUGGAUCAGAAUUUUAACCAUCACUAUAGAGUUCAGUAUAUCUACCAACAUUUUUCUAUAUAUUUAAUGGAGUUCAGUUAACCAUCAGUUGAGAUGACAUUGCAAUUGUAAACUUGAGCAGGUGCCUUAAUGUCUUCAGCCAGCAAGUUUUAAUGUUUUAUUGAGCCUCAAUUCUUGUUUAGCCUUGUGCCAGAGUUACUGUCACUGGGGCUUAAGUGCCCAACAGUUACCAAAAUGCAAAGAAGUGCUUCUUGGCCAUAGUGCCCCACUUAAACACACGGUUACGAAGCUUGUCCAGGGUAGCAUUGCAGCCAAGUCUGUUCAGUUGUAUUUUACAAUAUGGAAGAUUUAAUAAAAUGUUUCACAAUCUGA